UUCCAGUGACAUGGAGGAAUUUGAAACCAAAUCAAGUUCGAAUGGAAACACAGAACGUGACAUUAAUAAAAAUCAUGACCUGCCUAACCAAAACGUAAUAACAUAUAACCUUAUAGACCUUGAUGUACGGAGUGAAAUCGAAACUACAAAUAUGAAUCACUUCGGAAAAAAAUAUUCGGAUAAUUCUGACAAGGUUUUGUGUAGCACAACAAAUUGUGUAAAUAAAAUUUUCAAGGAAUCACUGAAUUUGUUAUCAAACUUAACAGGAAAAAUAAAUUCUGGAUCACCGUUUGGAGAAACUUUAAAAGAGGGAACUGUCUCUCAAUCCGACGAUAACUUGCCGAAUUCGAAAUCAAAUGUACCAAACAAUUACGGGACAGUUUUAAAAGAAUCGCGGACUGAUAUUCGAGAGAACUCAAAAGAGGAACCUGACAAUGUGAAAACCAAAAUGAAAAUUGAAUUCGUCAUUGAAAGCGAUGAUGGAAACGUUAACCCUUCUGAUAAAUUUGGAACUAGGCUCGUGAGAGCCUUUGGCGGCCGGAUUAUUACUCAACCAGACUUUAAUUCGCCUAAUUGGAUAAAGUACGGUGCAAUGCCUAAAGAACUACGUGAUGUUGAAUAUAGGAUAAAAAAAUCUAAAAGUAAAACUGGAAAGUUAAAAACCAAGAUGGAAUUGAAAACAAUCAUUGAUAGUAAAGAGGAAAUCGCAAAUAUUAACUCUUCUGAUAGUUCUGGAAUGGUGCGUCGAGAAAUUUUUAAUGAUAUGAAAGUUGCUCGAAAUUCAAACACAAAUAUACCGAGAAGUUAUGAAGCAAUACUGGAUAAUACCGUUGAAUUCAGAAUGAACAACUCAGGAAAUGAAGAGGGUACUAUUAAAUCGCAUUGCAUACACUGUGCCGAUGCUGAGCAUGGCUUAUCUGAAGUAGUUGUGGUGAAGGAUUACGCUAAGAACUUCAACCCGAAAACUUCUACCUGCAGCAAUAUUAAGAAUACUUAUGUCCCUGAUAAUGCUAUAGGAGAUUCUAAAGUUGAAAGUGCUCCUCAAACAACUUUCAUGGCUUACAAUGUAACAACGGCAGAAAAGUCUGUCGACCCUUUGAAUUUUAAAGGAAAAUUGGCGCUGAAAAAAAGUUCUGCAAAUUCGGCAGGGGAUAAGCUAGACGACAUUACGACUAGUCCCAAUAAAGAUGAUAUCGAACAAGGUAUGAAUGAAACUACACCAGUUGGCAAUUGCGCCGAAAGCAACCAAUCAGAAAUCGCUACCAAAGAUGAAACUGUAGACAACGUCGAACGCAAAGAAAAAAAUCCAACUGAAGAUGGAGUUUUUCAGAUUGAUAACGAACGGGCGGUUGGGAAAGUUGGAUAUAUCGAAAAAGUGUUACUGACUGAGAAGGACAUGAAUAUGAAAAACGAAGAAAACGAAAAAUUCAUUUGCUUUGGUAUAAGAAAAUUGGAAGAAAACUUAGAAGAUAUUCUGUAUUCCAAAUUUCCGUCAGACGAUCUUGAAAACAAGCCAGAAAUCAAAUCUAUUGUUAAAAAUCAAGCAACUAUGCAAAAAAAGGUUACUUUUAGUGAAGAGUCGCCAAAAGCUGAGGACGACGUAAGUGAAAUUCAUUCGAAUGAAUCCGUAGAAGGAGAAAAAGAACAAGAAUCUGUCGUCCCACCAGAGACACCUUCUGAUCUUGACACUGCUUUGCGAUUCAUUACAGAAUCAUUUCCAGAACAUCAAGAAGAGGAUACAUUAUCUGAUUUGUUGGAUCCAGUUUUGAUUCCCAAAUCGGAGAAUCCAGUUGCCACAGAGAUUAUAGAAGCGCUUGAAGAUCAGCCGGUGACCAUGGAGUUGAAGGAAUCCAUACGUAAACGCAGCGUCGCUUCACCUUCAAUUCUUGAGGCAUCCACCAAAAAAGGAGAAUCGAAAGCCAAGUCUAAGAAAAUAUUUCCGAAAUUUUUUAAGUCCUUUCGAAUAAAACGAAAGAAACACUAAUACCAAAGACCAGCAUCUGUACAAUUCUGCAAAAAAUUAAAGAUUUUUAAAAUCUAAAAAUAAAAUACAUUUGUUCGAGUUAAUUAGUCUUUUAUUCUAUCUUUUCUUAAUUCAGGUACAGAAUUUGAAGAAAAAGAGCAUAAUGCGAGUAGUAGAAUAUACUUGACUGCUAGUAUUCAAGUCUUUUUGUAGAAGAUAUUUCUCUAUAAAAAGAACAUGAAUGCUUAAAUUAUUGUUUGGGCAAACGGGUGGCGCAGGAAACGAGAUUUAGAUUUUAUAUUCUCGAAAUCAGAGAACCCUAUUUUUACGGUUAUGGAACCCUAAAUUAUCAAACUUCUUUCGACGGAACUCUUUCUUAAUAACUAAAGUAAAGAUAUUUGUGGUAAUAUAAACCAAUAAAAUAUUAUUUUAUUAUGAAGUAUUUAAUUAGAGGAAUGGAGCCACAUUGGGUCUGGGGAUAGAGCCUUCGUCUCACAAUAUGGUGAACUAGGUUCGAAUCCCAGCUGUGGCUGUUUGAUACGAAUUUUACACCCAGCUCGCUCUGAACACCGUGCUGACGUGAAAUAUGCUCAGUAGUUGACGGUUCAGGGGUUGGAAAUCCCUUGCCGUCGGGCUAACCGUGGAAGAUUAUCAUGGUUUCCCUCUCCAUAUGACGUCAUGCUUUAGUUUCAUCAAUAAGUCCUCCACGAAGGCUAGUUUAUUUAAAUUCUUGAUUCUGGAGUUUCCUAGCCUUUUGGGUUGGUUUCAAAAUUACAAAGCUACAAAGCUGAACAUUUAUAGUCUUAAACUCGGCUUUUUAAUCUCCGGUAAUAAAUUAGAGGAAUGUUUUUUUUUUCUUCAUCGUUUUAUCUUUUAUAAUCUAAUAAAUUUUUUCUCGUCGUUUUUUCUUUAAUUAUCUUGAAUCAGAUUUUAUGUCCCACAGUUAAAUUCGCUGUCUUUACGCUACCUCUGGUUAAGUUUUCGGUGCAUUACAUAAGCUGAAAACGAACAAAAUAAGCAGAAUUAUGGGCUUCUUUUAAAGGAAAACUAAAAAAAAACUGCAAUGAAUGGUUAUUAGGGAAAUAUAUUUCUU